AUGUCCGGGAACGGGUUGGUAUCCAGUAUCAGGAGGUUGAUAAACGCCAACGAGCAGCAGAGAGCUCCGGUAAGUUUGUAUGAUAAGCGUUGGUUUGGCUAGCUAACUGUGCUAAAUGCUAAUAAAGCUAUAUAACGUAAGGUGUCUGAGUGCGGCCGAUAUCCGAUACCGAUGCUAAUGCUAUUGUUGAAUAAAAGAACUGUAUACCUUGCCCUGUGAGUGAAGGCAUCAGGCUUGAUAUUAGCCUUGUUAAAAAAAAAAGUUAACAAAUUAACACAGCUAUAAGUAACUAAUAUUAUUUAUUAACAAAUAACAACUUGCACAUUAGCACACAGCAAAAAUAAGUAGCUAAGACUUCCAUGUAUUACAUUGGAAUGCUGGAUCGGCAUUAUUCAUCCGAUAUCCGAUCCAGUUAAUUUGUCAAUAUCAGAGCUGAUAUCUGAUCCAAAUAUCGGACCAGUGCAUUCUUAUUUUUACAGUUAAACUCCUUUGUCUUUGUCUACCCCUGUCCAACAGAAAUAAGCUUUUUACUCAAUGCAAAAUUAGAUUCCUUUCAGAAAUGUAGUUUUAUCUAAUUUGGAUGUUUGUUUUGUUCCUGGUAGGGUCCAUUCCAUCAGCUAGGCCAACAGAUGGUUGAUGUCUUGGGAGAUGGAGGGAUCCUGAAAAAGGUGAUCCAGCCUGGUGAGGGUCCACCUGUCCCCCAGAAUGCUUCAGUACUGAGUAUGUAUGAAUUCAGCUUAAGUGUGAACAACCAGGUGAAGUUAUUUGUCGAGCUGGUUUGGAUUUGUUCUCAUUUUCUUUCUCUACAGUGCAUUACUCUGGUUACCUGGAGUACGCUGAUCGUCCAUUUGAAACUACCACACACCACAAGUACCCUCAAAUGCUGAAGUUAGGGAGAGGUCUGUGAUUCAGUCUUCAUUCGCCUGUUAUAAUUUUAUGUAUUUUGGCCUAUAGAGAGAUCAUGCACCUUGAAUGAUAUUAAAGUCUGAAUAUUUAAAGAACUGGACUUAUUGUUCAAACAGAAUUGACACUGACCGGGCUGGAGCUGGGUCUGUUGACCAUGCAGAAAGGAGAAUUCUCCCGUUUCCUCUUCCAACCACAGUACGCUUACGGGGAGCUGGGUUGUCCCCGGCUGAUUCCCGGUGCAGCUACAGUGCUGUAUGAAGUUCAUGUCCUUGAUUUCUUUGACUCGGGGCAAGUGGACAACUUUGUUGGGAUGAGUCCAGUGAGUGGCCUGUUGCUUUCUCAGUCUGAAAUAGCACUGACAUGUCAGAACAUUGAUGUUCACUUGAUUGCAAAUGCUUUUGUAACAGCAUCAAUAUAGAAAUUUCUCUUAGAUUCUGAAUAUAUUUGAAAUUUUUACAGGUGUGCAUUUUUGUUUAUUCACAUCCCUUUCUACUUUCACUCUGCAGGAGGAGCAGAACACUUGGCCUCUGUCCACCCUUCUUGAAGUUGUUACCACAGUGCGCAGCUUUGGCAACCGCUUCUUCAAGCAGAGCCGCUUUGAAUAUGCCAAAGAUCGCUAUAAACAGGUAAGUGAGUUAGUAAGACACUCUACACACAAACACCAUGCUGUUUUUUGUUCAGUUUUGAUUCACUAACUUGAUUAAUUGAUUGGUAUUUCUGGUAAAGUUAAAAUGUGUUUAAUACUAGAUCCUGUGACUUUUGGGAACAGGGCAUGACGCUUUUGGGGAACAGGGACGUGCAAAAUGAUGCAGAGAUGGAGAAGAUCAAAAAAGCUCUGCUUCCUCUCUAUCUGAACCUGUCUCUCACUGAGCUCCGCUUGGAAAGGCCGCACAAAGCCCUAAAGUACAGCAACAAAGCCUUGGAGAUAGACUCCAAGAACACAAAGGCUCUUUUCCGCUGUGGACAGGUCAGUUUGGGAUUUGCUCUUAUGUACUACCUAAUCGUUGGAUAGGAAUCCAGAGGCCUUUUCAAUGUAUGCCAGCAAUUUUCAAACUUUGUUUUGAUUCCAUAUAUACACUCAGUGAGCAAUGGGGUCAAAGGUCACUCUUCCCUCUCCCUUUGGGUUAAACAUGCGGGUAAUUGUUCACACUACAGAGAACAAUUAGUCCAUUAUUUGGAAUGAUGUAAUCUCCACCCCGUCAGGCGUAUCUGGAGCUGCAUGAGUACGAGAGUGCGCAGAAUUGCCUCAUAACUGCCCAAGAAAAGAGACCCUUUGACUUUGACAUCAACAACCUGCUGAGAAAGGUGGCAAUGUAAGUCUUUUCUGUUUUCAUUCAUACAUACAUGAGAAGCUUAGAAUGAGUCUGUUUGGCGCAGUUCUUGCUUUAAAUUCUGUCUUUUUUUAUAGUUUAAAUUGGCAGACCCACUUUAGGCCACAAUGGUUGUUGUAGAUAAAACAUGCAUUUGAAUGUCUUUCAUGUUUCAGGUGCCAUAAAGACAGCUUGGACAAACAGAAAGAUUUGUACUCCAAGAUGUUCAGACACUUGAGGAACUAG